AUGAAUUUAACAGCACGCAAAGUCAAAAUUUGGUUUCAAAAUCAUCGAUAUCAAACGAAACAUCCACGACUGGAAACAGGUACACUGAAAUAUUUUCCGUUGCCUAAACAUACAAUCUUAUCAGUCUCUCGCCAAAACAAUGAAUCUUAUCAUCAACAAUACUCAGUUCUUACAUCACGAGCGACUUCAUAUCAAUAUAUUCAAUCAUCAUCAACUUGCAACAAUAAUAAAAGUCCCCUGUGUGAUACUAGUUAUUAUUUUAUUUUAAAAAUCAAUUUUGUCACAAUAGACAUUUCUUUAGAAGAAAAUAUUUUCAUUCGUUAA